UGAAAAUGAAUGUUACACAAUAGUCAUUUGAACGUUUAUAAUAUUCUUUAACUAUAUCACUGUUCAUAGUGUAACUUGAGUUAUUAUUAAUAUUAAUAACAAUACAAUAUUUAUGAACUAUUUUGUAUGUCAGUGAAACACUUAAAGUGAAACUUAGCCCUGUACUUUGUACAAAUUGUAGUUUUAAAUUUUACUCAGGUUUCAGUAUAUUUUUAUUUAAUACGAAACGGUUUAAUGUCAGGGUAUAGGUAUAGCUUCGCUAGUAAUGUUAUGUGAUUCGUUGACAAUGGUACAUUAGUAGCAAGUUUGCGUUACGCUUAUAGUUACAAAUUUUGAUAACUUAUUGAUAACGUUAAAAAAAAAGUCAGUGAUAAGAAAGUGAAGAACUAAGCUUCUAAAAGUAGGGAAAAUAAGAUUUUUAAAAUUAAAAACUUAAACCAAAAGAUAAUUUAAUGCUCAAACUGAGUCAUAAUUCAUAUUAAAUAAAUCAAAUAAAAUUUUAUCUUGUUCAACUUCAAAGUUCAAUACUGUAAUGACAAUAGUGUAUAGUUAGGCUUUAUCAACUGUAGUGUAAUUGUAUCUGAGCUUUGUUUACUUGAGAUUUUUUUUAAAUAAAGGUUAAUUGUGAGGUUUCAAAAACUGGUAUAAAUAAUAAGGAAUCCUUAUACAAAUUAAUUUUUAACUGUUGAAGAUGUAUACAUAAUUUUUUAAAGCAAAAGCUUGACUAAAUGCCUGAAAAAUGAAAAGAUGCUGAAAAUACUCUGAUUUAUGCACAUUUGGCUGUAGUACUAUUAAUAUUAUGGCCAUGCCCAUGGAAACAGGAAGACGGGGAUCAUUUUCAUCAGAAGAGAAAUUCCCAAUGGAAGACUUGGAAUGUAAUACUAAUAUUGAUUCAAAUGAGAAGAUGGAAGAAGUUAAUGACUUGGACCUGAAAAAUGAAGCUCAGUGUGGGGAUGCUGAAGAAUUGCUUGAGAAUUACAACCACUAUACUAAUGGUAGUUCCCAACCACAACAGGGAUCUUGUAACUGGACACGAGCAAUGUAUACUUUAUUACCAAGUACACGAGCCUACACUUUAAGGAGGCGAGCUAAUAGAAAGAUCACCCCAGCUACAGGUGUACCUAGCUCAGUAACUUUGCCUAGAAGCUUUCAGAAAUUUGUGGAACCCGACGAAAGUCUAACUGCACAUUUACAGAACCAGCUUACAAUGCAAAGAUCUUGGAAAGUGGGGAAAAGAGACUUGCCCAGAAGAUCACGUCAUUCCUUUGGGGUUGUUCACAAGACUACGGAUAUAAAAGUAGAUGGAAUUGAUGUGCCUGACCAUGUCCUACCUGUCAGUGAAGAAGUUAGUCCUAUAAAUGUUAGUGAGGAAGAAUGUCAGUGGGAGAUGCUAACUGCUGUUCCAAGUUUUGCAGUUCCCAUGGCUGUUAAAAGAGAAUUUAG